AUGCUUGCUGCUAGUGGAUUCGGCUGGGACAAUGAGCGUAUGGUGGUAACUGCGCCAGAUGAAGUAUGGGAAGAGUAUCUCAAGUCACACCCACACGCUGCAAGACUAAGGGGCAAGAGGAUCGAGAGAAUGGAUGACCUAGGGGUUAUCGUUGGCUCUGAUCAAGUGACCGGACGUUAUGUAAAGGGAUCUAGGACAAUGGCUGCAUCGUCAUCUAGGAUUAAUCAAGAUCUGAAUGAGACUUGGACGGAGUUAGAUGACGAUCUUGACGAUCAUGUUGACCUCUCCGAUGAUACAUUAGGGGAUUCUAUAGGGACCAUGCGCGGUCAAUUUUCCUCGGACACACCGAGCAUGCCAAAUCGAUGCUAUCGCGGCACUCCCACUCAGACAUCUGAUACAGAUCAUGGCCGCAGUGGGAGUGGGAGUAGCACCAAAAAACGACAACCCCCACCUUGA